ACCCGAGCGACGUUUCAUUUCCUCUUUUCUGGGAUGGAGAUUUCUUCUCACCAGUUUCACCUCUUGCAGCAACUGAAUGAGCAGCGCAGGCAGGACUUGUUCUGUGACUGCAACAUCCUGGUGGAGGGGAAGGUCUUCAAAGCCCAUCGCAAUGUGCUCUUUGCCAGCAGCGGCUACUUCAAGAUGCUCCUUUCACAGAGCUCGAAGGAGACGAGCCAGUCCACGACAGCCACCUUCCAGGCCUUUUCUCCUGACACCUUCACAGUCAUCCUGGAUUUUGUGUAUUCAGGCAAACUGUCUCUCACUGGUCAGAACGUGAUCGAGGUGAUGUCAGCUGCCAGCUACCUGCAGAUGACCGACGUCAUCAGCGUGUGUAAAACCUUCAUCAAGUCCUCCCUGGACAUCAGUGAGAAGGAGAAGGAUCGUUACUUCAGCCUCUCGGACAAAGAUGUGAGCUCCAACGGCGUGGACAGGUCCUGCGUGUACAGCGGGGGCUGGAGGGCCGAGAGCAGCCCCCCCCAUUCCCACUCCAGCCCAGACCCCGGGACUUGCAUGAUGGGCGGAAACACUUGGAGCAACUUCAACUACUACCCGGCUCCUCAAAGGAACGCCCAGCAGCAGCUGUCCAAACACGAGCAGCGGCAGGAUUCCGUCAAGAAAUCCCGGCACCCGGGGCUGCAGCAGCCCUCUGACAUCCCCCACUACAAAUCCAGCAAGCUGGAGGACAGGGCUGCCGAGCCCGCCGGCCCCCCCGCGCCGCCCGAGGAGCAGCUUCACAUCGACACCGAGGUCGAGGCUCCUCACGUGGGCUACCAGUACGGCCAGGGCGCCGAGGGGGUGCCCAGGGGCUUGGCUGUGUCCCAGCAGGAGCACGAGUCGCCCCGGCCCUCCGGCAAAUCCAAGUCGUCCAAGGCUGAUGAGCAGUACGGGAACAUGCCCUCCAUCCUCGGGGUCAUGGGGAGCUGGGCUGAAGACGACCUGGCCAGGAUGAGGUUCAAGUGCCCGUUCUGCAGCCACGUGGUGAAAAGAAAAGCCGACCUGAAGCGUCACCUUCGCUGUCACACAGGAGAGCGCCCGUACCCCUGUGAGGCCUGUGGGAAGAGGUUCAGCAGGCUGGAUCACCUCAGCAGCCAUUUUCGAACAAUCCACCAGGCGUGCAAGCCCAUCUGCAGGAAGUGCAAGCGGCACGUGACGGAGCUGACGGGGCAGGUGGUGCAGGAGGGGACGCGGCGGUACAGACUGUGCAACGAGUGCCUGGCCGAGGCCGGCAUCGACAGCAUCCGCAUCGACCUGGAGGCUGAGGCGCCCCUGGAGUUCCCACAGGACGGGGACAAGGACUCCAGGUGGCACUACGGCGAGGACAACAGGUCUGACGUGGAGAUAGUGGAGGACGGCUCGACCGACCUGGUCAUCCAGCAAGUCGACGACAGCGAGGACGAGGCGGAGGAGAAGGACGUGAAACCAAACAUUAGGUAGCUGCAAGAGGAGAAUCGGGGAAUCCCUCGGAAGGGGGAGAAUGUCCUGGCCACACAGGCCCUCCACCAGCUGUUGUUGAUCCUACAGAGACACGGGGUUGAACAGGUCCAGACUUGCAUGUAUUUAUGGACGCGCCGCUGAGUCCGGUCUGGUCGGUUCUCGGAACCCCCAAUCCUUUGCUUGGUGAGGAAGGAUCCAUCCUGAAGCAGUGGAUGAACGAGGAAACCACAGGAUUCCAUGGAUAACUGUUCACAGCAGACAGUGGGGCACGUCUCAAAGCCUCCUUCAAGGGAGUGGGGUCUAAACAUUUAAAAAUAGUCGCAGAGUGUUGUAAAUUGCCCACUUUUUACGCUCGUAGGGGUGUGGGAUUUAUGUCACGGGGUGAUAAACAAAGUGUAAAGACUCCCCCCACCAGACAACCUCCCUUCACUCUUCAGAAGGGAAGAGAAUCUUCCAUGAAAUUCCAUGAAUUCUUCGUGUUAUGAUAAGGAAAAAGGCAGCUAAUUAAGGAAGAGCAUGUAAAAUGUUUUGGCACUUUUGUCUGGACAGGGACUCCUGUAAAAUUUAUUAGAACGAGGCAAAUCUUCAGCAGAUCACUCGCUCAAGACCCGUUUUCUUUACAAGAAAAUCAGCACGUGAAUGCUAGUCCCAUUCAACACAUCAGAGGCAAAUUAAUUAUGAAUAUGGAUCAUUAAUUGAUGCCAGUAGACGUUUGGUUCUCAAAAUUGGGAUCUCAGAUGUUUUAAUAAGCGCUAAUAAAACACUC